AUUCGAUCAGUACCCACGUCUAGAGGGAGAGGGAGAGGGAGAGGGAGAGAGACAGAGAGAGGGAGCAGCCAUGGUCCACGUCUCCUUCUAUCGCAACUAUGGGAAGACUUUUAAGAAGCCCCGCCGUCCAUACGAGAAGGAGCGGUUGGAUGCUGAGCUGAAGCUGGUGGGAGAGUAUGGGCUCCGGUGCAAAAGAGAGCUGUGGAGGGUUCAGUAUGUUUUAAGCCGAAUCCGUAAUAAUGCUAGGAUGCUUUUGACCCUUGAUGAGAAGAACCCUCGUCGGAUCUUUGAGGGUGAAGCACUUCUUCGCCGUAUGAACCGGUAUGGGCUUUUAGAUGAGAGUCAGAAUAAGCUUGAUUAUGUCUUGGCAUUGACUGUGGAGAACUUCCUUGAGCGCCGCCUUCAAACUCUUGUGUUCAAAUCCGGUAUGGCAAAGUCCAUUCACCACGCCCGAGUGCUCAUCAGGCAGAGGCAUAUCAGGGUGGGGAGGCAGGUUGUGAACAUUCCCUCUUUCCUUGUGAGGAUGGAUUCACAGAAGCAUAUUGACUUCUCACUUACAAGUCCACUUGGAGGUGGGCGUCCCGGAAGGGUGAAGCGAAAGAACCAGAAGGCAGCUGCAAAGAAGGCUGCUGGUGGCGAUGGAGAUGAAGAAGAUGAGGAUUGAGCUCUUGGUUGGGAUCUUUGCGAUUAGUAAUUUAAUAGGCACAUGUCUUGUCUUGUGUUUUAUCACCCUUUUAUAUUUAGGCUAAUUUUGAUGCAAGACUGCUCAAUGUUUCGGUUUGGUUUCUAGAUUCUGAAUUUUUAUUUUAAGGUUUCAAAAAAAAUUUGCUUGCAUUUUGUUUUA